UGUCAGAGUAUUGAUGCGGUGGUUUUAAAUCACGUUUGAAUUAUUUUAAGAAGCUUUUUAUUUUAAAUUAUUUGUUCUGGACUUUUAAUUUGUUACUAGGGACCGUGAAUGACAAUUGUACAAUAUUUCAGAGGAUUAAGUGUCAAUCGGUGUUAGUGUGAAUCAUGGUUCUUGCUGAAAGAAGUAAUGAUGUUCGUAACGGGAAGCGUUCGAGAGGGCCAAGCCCUAAUGGGCAUGGGAGCCCUGACUCUAGCUCUGGGGAAGAAAAUGUAGUGCCAUUUGCAGCUGAGAAAAUAAGAGUGGGUCGGGAUUACCAAGCCAUCUGUCCUGAGUUGGAACCAGUGGAGCAACGUAAACCAGAUCAAAUAUCAGACAGAGCACUACUAGUAUGGUCACCCACAUCAGAUAUAUCGGAUUUAAAGUUGGACGAAUACAUUACAACAGCAAAAGAAAAAUAUGGCUAUAACGGUGAGCAAGCAUUGGGCAUGCUUUUUUGGCACAAACAUGACCUAAAUAGAGCUGCAAUGGAUUUAGCAAAUUUCACACCGUUUCCCGAUGAGUGGACCGUUGAAGACAAGGUGCUGUUUGAACAAGCAUUUCAAUUUCAUGGCAAAAGUUUCCACAGAAUACGGCAAAUGUUACCGGACAAGUCAAUUGCAUCUCUAGUGAAAUAUUACUACUCAUGGAAGAAAACAAGGGCCAGGACAUCUCUCAUGGACGUAGUUGGUGAAGGGCGGAAUGCUACCGCUUCAGGAACAGGCAAGAAGGAAUCAGGGUCUGAGCCUGGUGGGUCAGACAAAGAUUCUGAUAAUGAUGAAAAGAAGUGGACUUACCACCGGGGUAUUGUCCGCGGAGGCAAGUCUCUUCCUACUAGCGGGCCUUCACUCCGGGGAGCCCACCAAGCCGAGGCUGACGGCGGAGACGGAGGCGGCAAAUGGUGCUCAGUCUGCGGCAUUCUUUGUUCCCAGACCACGCCUUACAACUCGCAGAAACUAUGCCAGGCAUGCCUCGUGCACGCCAGACGCACGGGAACCAUGAGACCGCUGUGCGGACCGUCGGGGCGCCGCGGGCCCGGUUCCAAACAAGUCCGCUACAAGCAUCGCUUGCCGCGCGGAAUAUACAUCAACCAAGACGACCUGGUUGCCAUGGCGACCGGCCCUCAGCCCGGGGACCCGCCCCAACCCGGCCUUGUUAACCAGGGGGAGGCCAUCCUCAAAGCGAUGGACAGAGAAGUUAUAUCGCUCAAACGACAAGUGCAACAGAAUAAGCAACAGUUAAGUUCUAUGAAGCGGAAAGUUGGUGAUGCUGGAGUUGAAGAAUUUAGACCUGGAGAGCCACCUGCUAAGAUCAACUCGCGAUGGACUAAUGAAGAGUUGUUAAUGGCCGUCACGGCUGUUAGAAAAUAUGGUAAGGACUUCCAAGCAAUUGCUGAAACCCUGGGAACUAAAACUGAGGCGCACGUGCGAACAUUUUUCAUAUCAUACCGACGCCGGUAUAACCUCGACGCAGUGCUGAGGGAACAUGAAGCAGACCGCGGCAAUAACCAUAUACAACCUGGUGCAACAAGUACCGAUGCAGCUGAAAGCAUUGAAGAUGGUGCAAACACUGGUGCUGGCUCUCCUAAGAACAGCACAAACAAGGAUGAAAAAACGGAGGUAGAUAGUGAGGGCGUGUCCAUUGGUGCCUCAGCCGAGCAAGGUGGGGCGCCCACUACGCCGCCCAAACAGAAAACUGUUAAGUGAUGCAGGAUUAUCUGAUCAUCAACAAUUAUGAAACAUGGCCUCCCUGGUUGGAAAAUGUGACAUAUUCAUAUAUCACAUGUCACAGAGAGCCUGCAACAGUAAUGUUUAGUUAUUUUUAAGAGAUGUAUAUUAUAUAGUCUAAUUUAGUAUUAUUUAAACACAGUUUCAUUUUGCUUAUACAAUUUCUAUGGAAAAUGUAAGCUUUGAACACUAAAUAACAUUACAACUAUGGCAAGAAAAUUGUUGUCGCCCUAUUCUCCUUAUUCAAUGACAAUAGGAUCGCAAGGAAGAAAAAACAAUCUCAAAUCAAUUUAAGGCUAGUGGAUAUUUACCAUGAUCUUUGAGCAUCCCCAUAUAUACAUAGAUGCAAUAGAAAGCAGUGAACAUUAUCUAAUACCAAAAUACAUGCAAAUCAUGAUAGUCUAAAAGAGUUUUGUUGGUUCCAGUAUUCAGUUCAGUUCAGUAUUGUUAAAGAGUAAAAUCGAAUGUCAUUCGUUGAGAGAAAUUAUAAUAACUUUUAUAUUAAAGCAUAUAAAAACAUGGAAGCAUUUCUGACGUUUUAAAAUUGCGCAAUUAAAAUUAUCCCGUAGUUGGCUGGACUUUCAAAUUGUCCCGGCUGAUCAGUUCGGUUAGGCGAGUAAGCGCGAUUGAAUCGACGAGGUUUUUAGAACAAACUUAAUAAGGAAUGUUCAAUUAAAAAUGCCUUGCCAUGCGUUUAUACGUGGUGUAGGAAUCAUACGGAUCAUCAUGCCAAGGGUAGUAGUAUCACUUUUCACUUGUAGGUACACUAAUUAAUUAAAAAUACAAUUAGAAGAGGGAUGGCAUUAUGCAUACUGUGGUAGCACAUUUUACUCAUGUUUUAUUAUACAAAGACAACGCAAGGCUUUUUUAGGUUUGAAAAUACUCUUAACAGUAAACCUAAUAAUGUGCAGACAAAAUAUACUAAAAAAAAAUUGUGAGGUGUUUGUUAAUUACCAGAGACAAUUGCACAAAUAAUUGGGUACAUGUUCCGUUUUGUAGCAAAGAAACUAAAUACUAAAUUAAAUUGUACAGAUUGCACAAGCUUCAUUCAUUCUUUAUUCCUUAAUAAAACACUCAACCAAUAUUAAACAUGAUGUACUGCUGGUUAAAAGCGUGGGUAAAAACUCGUACGCGUUUAUUUACGCAUUUCGGCAAAAAUUAAAAAACCUUAAGUUUUUUCGCGUAACAUAAAUGAUAUGCUGGUAAUAAAAUGCGUCAUAUCAUUUUUUCAAACUAAGUUAUUGUCAGUGUCGUAAUAAUGAGGUCUUCUAUUUUUUUUAUGGAAGAGGAGGACAAACAAGCGUACGGGUCACUUGAUUAUGUGAUCACCGCCGCCCACAUUCUCAAUAAAAUACCAUAAGGCCGGCAAGGCCUUUUAGAAAAGUAGGCGGCUUUUUUUGAAGGUAUACACUAAUCUAGCUAAUAUAAUAUACAGUUAAAAUUUUUAUGACUGAUCCCGUCAUACUUAACGCAUACAUCGUCCACGUAUCUGACAAACAUUGAUAUUAUGUGAUAUAAUGUCAAGCGCGCGAACCAAUUACGUAAUUAUGUCAUGCUGAGAAGCAAUCACGGAUAUCACGUUGUGCCCAUGACAAAAUAACUGACAAAGCUCAUCAUAAUAAAUAUUAGCUCCUCAUAAUAAUAAUAUCGGCUUAGAUUAAAUAAAAAUAACGCUUUCUAUUAUGCAUUGAGAGUUUUCCGUAGACAGUAUGACAAGACUGCUUCCAUGUUUUAUAUGUGUUCACUGCAUAUUGACUUGAAAUAGUGUUAAAUAUAAGCGUUAUUAUUUUUUCAAGUAAAAUAAUUUUUGCUUGGUGGCAUAGGUUUGGAAAAAUAGCUUAAGGUUGUCAUUACAAUCGCGUUGACGAGGUACUUUGUUUUCAUUCAGAUUCGAUUUUCCAAAGCUUAGCAUACCAAAAUAUUAUGAACAUGAGAAGACAUUACUGUUUUUUACACAAGUUUUCCUUGGCAUUAAAAAUAAAAUAAUUCAAAUAAUUGUAAAAUAGGGAACUAUGUGAAUUCGAGUAGGGAAAGUAUAAAUACAAGUGAUAUGUAUGUAUUAUCAAUUUAUUCAUUCCAGCGGAAAUGAAAAAAAAAUUCAGUAUUUUGAUAUUUGAAUAAAAAAUAGUAUAAAAUAGUAACUUCAUGGGUUUGAAUUAGUUUUGCUUGAAACCUUAGGUUACUCCGUAGAAUUUGACCUAUCUGCCAGUUAUAUCAAUAUCAGUGUUUCGGAGAUAAAAACAGGCAAACAAAAUGUAUUCUGGUGUAAAUAUUCACAUGGUUUCAUAAAAUGCUGUUAUUUUGAUGUCACAAACAGACAGGUACAUUUUUAUUUUUAAGUAAGUAUAUAUAAAACGGUUUCCCUUCCGGAUUAUAUUAUGUAGUUGACAUUUUACUAACAACCUCUACAAAGUCCGAGUGCUCUCGGAUUAGUAUUUAUUAGUAAUUAUUAUAACUGCUGAUCGAUUUGUCCGCAACUUUAAUAAAAUAAGCGACAUAACCAUUAGUGAUUGAGCAUAUUGUAAAUAUUAAUUAGGUUAGGCUUAAGACAUGAUCAAAUGAUGAUGAUCGGUACCUAUAUAUUGUGUAUUUGAAUAUUUACUUUUAAAUUGUAUAUACGCUAUAUUUAAUUCCAAUCAUCUAUUCAUCAUAGGACAUUGUAAAUAUUUCUUGCCAUUUUUAUAAAAUCAUCGACUUAAAAUAUUUAUUUCUUUAGACCGAGUGAAAUAUAUUAAGUAAAUAAAUAUAGUGAUAAGUUGAUGAAAUCAGUCUCAUUCUGAGCUGGUCGUACUAAUUUUUGGUUAAAAUUUUCCUUAAUAGUGUAAAUUGUGUGAUGACUCACAUAAUAAUAAUAAUAAUAAAAAAUCAUGUACUUUAUCAGCCUGCAAAUUUAUUGUUGUUACUGAACCGUUUAGAAAAUUACAAGUAUUAUGAAUUAUUAAAUUACUCAGAACUAUUUGAAAUUAUAAACUUAAUAUUGUGAAAUAAUGUAGUUAGUCUACAAUUUUUCUCAUCAUCUCAUGGCCUCAGUAGUGGUGCAGCUGAACCGUUUAUUAGUUUAGAAUUGACGAAUUUUAAUCAUCAUAAUUUUCCCUAAACUUAAGUUUAAAAACUUCAAAUAUUUCUCUUCAUCACAACUGUACUUACCAUUUUGUGUUUGUACCUCACUUAAAAAUUAACUGUUAAGUGUAGUAACUUUAGCAAUACAAGUAUAUAUAACCACGUUGCCGCCCAAUAUAACGCUAUAGUACAAUAUUUAAUAGAGGGACAAUUCAGAAAUAUUGUUUCAUUUGUAUAUAGCCAUGUUUAGAGUACUUAGUGUCUUUGCGCACUUGCUAUCUCUUUUACUCGGUAUUCGGGUGAAAGGGACAAAACACACGGCCAAGUCACGCCUUGCAAUCUAUUUUGAAUGUAAUGCUAUUAAGUAUAUUGUAUAAAUAUAUGUAAAACACACGCAUGCCUGAGCAUAACUCAGAUAAUUCUUGUAAAUUUUUGUUAAUUACCUUACCGUUUUUCAUAUAUUUAUUCUGUAUAUAAUAUCUACAGGUGAAUAACUGGGACGUAACGGAAAAUAGGUAGAUGUAGAGCAUAGGUUCUCAACGUGGGCGAUAACGUCCCCUUGUAGGCGUUUGAGACUUUCGGGGGGGGGGGCAGUAGAAGACCCAGAGAAAAUUAGGGGCAUUGAGAUGGCGCAGAUGGGGAGUGGGUAGAUUAAAAUUUAUAGUCUAAAAAGCCAAAAAAAAAUACACGAAAAUACUCUAGAUAAAAACAUAUUCUCAAAGUGGGCCACUGCCCAAACACUAGCAAAAUAAGGUUGAGAAACUAUGAAUCUUAAAACAGCUGUUGCCACGAUUAUAUUUUAACGUAAGAUAUUAUAUUAUAGUAUAUAGUAUUAUAUUAUAGCCCCCCUGAAAGUCUCAAACGCCCACAAGGGGGCGUUAUCGCCCACGUUGAGAACCUUUAAUGUAGAAUAAUUGAGUCACAAAGUUUAUUGCAGUAUUUCUGUUGUAAGUUGUGAAGUUAAUUCAUUCCGCGACUUUACAAAAUUAUGCUUUUGUUUCAACUAAUGAUAACUAAUGAUAACCGCAAUGACACAUAUUAAGGGGUUUUUUACUUGAAAAAAUAACGGCUAAUUUAACUCAUCGUGAUUCACAAUUUAUAAUAAUAUUGCGUCUUACAUUUAAAUGUGAAGUGAAGAAUUUUAUUGUGGCUUCAAACCUAAUAAGUAAAUUUUCUCGAUUGUAAGACUGAAUUGCAAUCAAUGUAUAAACAGUAUCCGGUGAGUAUGUAUAAAAAGAAUGAUGAAUGUUUUUUAAGGAUGAAGGAUGUGGCGUUC